UCGCGAGGAGGAGGAGGAGGGGGGGGGGGGCAACACUGCGGGUGUGUUUGGGGUGGCUUCUCCAUCCCGGCGACCACCUUUCGGGCUCGGAGCGCGCUCGGACGCACGUACGAUGAUGGACGGCUGGCCGCUGCUGCUGCUGCUGGCUCUCCUCGCCAUUGCGGGAGGCGGCCUCGGGGCAGACACGGAGGAGCGGCUGGUGGAGCAUCUCCUAAACCCAGCCCACUACAACAAACUGAUCCGUCCUGCGACUAAUGGCUCCGAGCUGGUUACUGUGCAGCUGAUGGUGUCGCUGGCCCAACUCAUCAGUGUGCACGAAAGAGAGCAGGUGAUGACCACUAAUGUCUGGCUAACUCAGGAGUGGCAGGACUAUCGUCUGACUUGGGUCCCUGAGGAGUUUGAUGGGAUGCUGAAGGUCAGGCUGCCCUCAAAACACAUCUGGCUGCCUGACGUGGUGCUUUACAACAAUGCCGACGGGGUGUACGAGGUGUCGUUCUACUCUAAUGCGGUGGUCUCCUACGAUGGCAGCAUCUUCUGGUUGCCCCCGGCCAUCUAUAAGUCAGCAUGUAAGAUCGAGGUCAAGCACUUCCCCUUUGACCAGCAGAACUGCACGCUGCGCUUCCGCUCCUGGACCUACGACCGCACCGAGAUCGAUCUGGUGCUCCGUGCUGAUGUGGCUAGCAUGGAUGACUUCACGCCCAGUGGGGAGUGGGACAUCAUUGCCCUGCCAGGUCGACGGAAUGAGAACCCAGCUGACCCCACCUAUGUGGACAUAACGUACGACUUCAUCAUCCGCAGGAAGCCUCUUUUUUACACCAUCAACCUCAUCAUCCCGUGUGUUCUGAUCACCUCGCUGGCCAUCCUGGUCUUCUACCUGCCGUCAGACUGUGGAGAGAAGAUGACGCUGUGCAUCUCGGUGUUGCUGGCGCUCACUGUGUUCCUGCUGCUGAUCUCCAAGAUCGUCCCGCCCACUUCACUGGACGUGCCUCUUGUGGGGAAGUACCUGAUGUUCACUAUGGUCCUGGUCACCUUCUCUAUCGUCACCAGCGUGUGUGUGCUCAAUGUGCACCACCGCUCGCCCACCACACACACCAUGCCCCCUUGGGUUAAACUGGUGUUCCUCAACAAGCUUCCUGCCCUACUCUUUAUGCGCCAGCCCAGGAACAGCUGCGAGCGCCAGCGGCUGCGCCAGAGAAGAAGGGCCCAGGAGCAAAAAGAGGGUGGUCGCAGUGGGGAGGCAGGGGCCUUGAUGGUGGGCCUCGGGCUGGGGAGUGGUAGCGGGAACGGAGGGGGAACCUCCACAGGGGUAUUCGGCAAAGAGGACAGUGACCCUUGUACCUGCUAUGUGAACCGAGCUUCUGUUAAACAGUUUGGAGGGGAUCUGGGAGGAGCAGGGGGAGGAUCCAUGGAUGGUCUGAAUAGGGUGAGGGAGGGCAGGGAAGGGGGCUCUGGGAACCUGCCAAGGGGGCAGCAAGCGGCAGCAGGAGGUCCUGCUCUGACUCAGGCCCUGUUGGCUCAGGCCUGUCCAGGCUUCGAGGAGGCUGUGGAGGGAGUACGCUUCAUCGCCAACCACAUGAAGAGUGAAGAUGAUGAUCAAAGUGUGAGCGAGGACUGGAAGUAUGUUGCCAUGGUGAUCGACCGCCUCUUCCUGUGGAUCUUUGUGUUUGUGUGUGUCUUCGGCACAUUGGGCAUGUUCAUGCAGCCGCUCUUCCAGAAUUACACAGUCAAGACCAUCACCAGCUCGCCAGGCUGACCACCCCCCCAGCCAUGCACACUCUGACGGACAGCUCCCCCGACCAAUCAGCACAGCAGAAAAAAGGCCAGAGGUUGGGAUGUGGGCGGGUCUGGGGUUUUUUGGGUGUCAAUGGAACCGGAAGCAGAACUGGAACUGAACAGCAUCACGCCCAUUACCUUUAUAGUACAUUUUUUGCAAUGAACAACUGUUUUUCUGGAAUGAAGAAAAGGGAAAACGCCAUCAUACUCUUACCUGCAGUGUUUUGUCCAGAUGUUUAAUGGACCUCCCCCUUCCUGCUGGAAACAUCCCUACCUGCUCUCCUCUUCAGCCAGUCAGGGAGCGAGAAUGCCACGAAUUGCUCCUUGUCAAACCUUACGCCAGCCAAUCAACACUCUCCGUCUGCUGCUCACUGCUAAAAUUGACAACUGACAUGCCCUCCUUCAACUAUCACAUAACUCAUUCACAAUAUUGACUGAUGUCAGUGUGAGCUAAUCAGAAAGGGAAGGAAGGCUCAUAUGAGUGUUCUUAUUACAUUAAUUUAAUUUUUUCAGAAAUCCACUAUGUCAGUGAAAUGAUUCAGUAUAUUUUAUCAUAGCUUUGCAGCUUACCACAGUGAAGCAUUGAGUAUAUAUUGAAGAUUUAUCUGUGUUAGCUCAUGCAAGGGUCUGUUGCUGAUAGAGAAGCUACGACGUGUUGUACGAUUGUAUAGAUUUAAAAGAAUGUGAUAUAAACUGUACUACACGGUGUGACACACACGCACACACACACACACACACACGCACACACAUAAACCUAAUAUGCAUACAAGCAACAGACUGCGAAGGAAAAUACAUAUUUAUACAAAAGAAAGAGCCAGGGCGCAUCGUAGAUGAAAGUCAAAGGGACAGAGUAAUAGAUUAUGCAUGGACAGUUUGGUUUUUUUGCACAGUAAGUAGAGAGCAGCAGUAGCCUGUGUAACAGAGAGCAGAGCUGCAGUGAGAGGAGUUGAGGAAUCUGAGCUAAGAUGGUGGACAGGACUUCCGAGAGGACGGUCAGCGGAAUACGAUUUCUCCAUGAUGGAUUUUGAAACUUAAGUAUUGGAAAGUGUAAAUCAAAAUGCGGAUGGAUGGAGAUUUUAUCAUGCAAAUUAAGCUAUUAUGUGUAGUAAUAUGUAAUUUCACAACUGCUUAUUUUCUGUCAUUGCUGUGAUUAUCAGAUCAGAGUAAGACAGUGUCUCACCUGUUCUUCCUUGCUUUGUUUUCUCCUUUCCGGUCCUCUCUCUCUCCAAGCAUAUCUACUGUAUUUCUGCAUUGGAUUCUGUUCAUGUAUUUAACUUUAAAAGCAUAUGCAUACAUGUAUGCGUGCCCAAUACCCUAAUCCAUUAUCAUAUCUGUCAGAUACAUUGUUCAGGAGAGCGCACCAUGUGUGUGUGUGUGUGUGUGUGUGUGUGUGUGUGCGCGCGCGUGUUUCCCUCCCCCCACCCUUUCUAUUAAUCUCUGGCAACCUCUCUCCAGUCCUCUUUCCCUUAUCUGGUCUUCCACAAACACAUUGCUGACAUUUAGUCCAAUUAGAAAAAUGUUAACCUGCGUUCUAUAAACACUAUUUCAUCAGGGCAGUUUUUAAUGUUUAUCAAGGAACGGCUUUUUUUUUCUUAUUUCCGCUGUCUUCCCUGGCAACCGAGUGAGAUGCAAAAGGCCCUUUUUCAGACGCACAGGCAGCAGGGGGAUGAAUCGACAAACAAGAGAGAAAUGACGGUGUGGCCAAGGCUGAAGCAAUCAUACCAGGCAAUAAGUUACAGUUUCAAAAAUCCGAGGCAGGGAGGAUGAAAAAACAAUCCAGAUAGUGAGGAGGAGCGAAGCCGGACAGGCAGAGACAAAAGGACUGUCUGUGUUGUUACUGCAUAGGAAAGACUGUCACCCGCUGCGAGUUUCCCCUGCUUUUUACGGCCGUGUAGCCACGUCUGCAGCUCCGAUCAGCACUGGACUGGGAGCUGUCUCUCGCUCUCUUCUCUCUCUUUCUGUCUCUGGAGGACGGGAUUACCCAGGGGGAUCCCCAGCAGAUCCCCAAACAAGUGUGAAAAGCCUAUCAGAGACCUGUAAAAACUGUAGGCUGCACAGCUCCACACCGACAAAGUGCUGCUCUCUCUCUCCCUCUGACAUUUUCACUCUCCUUCCUCUCUUCUCACUUCCCUCUCUCAUGACCCCCCCCAGCCCCCCCCCCCAUCUCUCACAUUCUCCUUCCAGACUCUCAAAUCUGCUCCUGUGCACACCUUGAACAGUCCAAUAAAGGUUGUAGGUUCAGAUUAACCAAA